GCUCUUAUUCUUGGAGUCAACGAGCGGAGAGGAAGAUGGAGAAGGAGAAGAGAGACGCGUUGAAGGCAUUGAUCGUGUUAGUGUUGAUUUCCGGAUUUACCCUCGAUUACGUGGCGGGGGAAAGCUACUGCAGAGCGCAGAGGAGGGUGCUGGUGAACGCGUGCAAGCGUUUGCUGUUGCGUUUGACGCCAAACGCCGAAUGCUGCGAUAGACUGAGGAAGACGCCCACGAGAUGCGUUUGUCCGAUUGUCACACCGCAAAUGGCUGCCCUGAUCGACGUUAACUACGUUGUCGGCGUUAUCCGAAGCUGCGGCCGGCGAGUUCCCCACGGUUUCAAGUGUGGGAGUCUCACGGCUCCAUGAUGAUGAUGAUGAUGAUGAUGUGAUGGUGAGCUGCGGAGCGUUCUGAAAACGCCCUUUGUUUGGGUUCUGCGUUUUGUGUGUUGGUCAGCGUUUGCGUUUCUUGUGUGGUCAACGCGAUCAUAGUGGUUUGGUCGCGUUUGCGUUUCUCGUGUGCUCAACGCGAUCUGGUUUGAUGGUAUUGUUAGUUUAUUUUCUAAAUAAAUAAAUAAAAAGGGGUCCUUCCUCCUAAAUCUUUCCAGGUUGUAAUCAUAUCGUUUGUUUGGUCUC